GCACUGAUUAGGCAACAUGCCCCGCGAAGUCGGGCCUCGCCGGCCGGAGCAAAUGGCGUGCUUGGACUGCCGUCCUGUUGUUCGCGUCGAGCAUUUGUAAUGCGCUUUUCACAUGUCGCCGACUCUAGCUUGAGCUGUGCUAUUGUUUUCUCUCCUGUCUCUACCCGCUAUCCACAUCCUUCCAACCUACCAGGACCCAUACAGCUUCGCAUUAUGUGGUAACCGCCCACACGACAGCCUAUCGCGGCCUCAGUAUCUUCACCAAGAAACACGAUUCUUGCAGCCCGCCUGCAGCAGAAACAGCAAUAUCCGUCUCAGCAGCUUUUUCUUGCCGGAAGCCAAUUGAAGAGCGCGUACGACGUAGCGCAAACUUACGAGCAUGGGUCUCUUAGCAUUGGGAACGCCGCUUGCCUGGCCGGAAGCGAAGAAGGUCGCCGGACAGGUCAGAGAAUGGGGUAUCGAGCAACUUCUGGCGACAUGGCGACGAGCCAAGGGCAAGGAGCGCGAUGCCCUGCUCUGGGGAGACGAGAUUGAAUACCUCGUCGUGACAUACGAUGACGACAAGCGUCAAGUCCGACUCUCACUACGCCAAGCAGAUAUUCUCGAGGCUUUGGCGAGCGAUGAGAAGCUUCUCGCCCAGGGUGGUGGUGUGGACGAGAUCCAGCGUGGCUCAGCCAGGCCCGGCAAGACAGCUCCCGUUUUCCACCCCGAGUUCGGCCGUUUCAUGCUCGAGACGACUCCUGGACGACCAUGGGGCAUUGACUUGAAAGACCUGCUCGAUGUCGAGCAAGACAUGAAGUGGAGGCGCACGAUUGCAAAGGAGCACAUGGAACCCAGCGAAUUCCCAAUCACCCUGACUACCUUCCCGCGAUUGGGUGCCAAGGAGCGCUCCAUCACCCCCGAAUAUCCUCUGAACGGCGACAAGCUGAGAUCUCAAUUCUUGCCGGACGAGAUCGCAAAUCCUCACAUACGCUUCCCCACCUUGGCAGCCAACAUUCGCGCCCGUAGAGGUCGCAAGGUCGAGAUCAAUGUACCCGUGUACAAGGACGAAAACACAAAAUGGCCGUUCAGUGACCCUACCGUGGACUACGACCUCCACACUUGGCCCGAAGACGACGAUGUUCGCAAUGGAGCUGUAAAAGAGAACCACAUCUACAUGGAUGCCAUGGCUUUCGGCAUGGGAAGUUGUUGCCUACAGAUCACCUUCCAAGCGAAGAACAUCGACGAGGGACGGAAGAUGUACGAUCAACUCAGCCCAAUCGGUCCUGUUCUGCUAGCCUUGACGGCCGCCACUCCCAUCUAUAAGGGCUUCUUGGCCAACACCGAUGUCAGAUGGAACCAGAUCAGCAGAGCCGUCGACGACAGAACCCCCGAGGAGCUUGGAGAGAAGCCUUUGAAAGAGUCAAGAUGGCGAAUUCCAAAGUCUCGGUACGCCUCGAACUCGACCUACAUUGCUCAGGAUCCCCGCUUGCGCAAAGAGUACUUCGAUCCCGACCUCGUGGUUGACCCCGAUAUGAAGCAAAAGCUCAUUGAUGGUGGCAUGGACGAUCUACUGGCUACCCACUUUGCUCAUCUCUUCAUUCGAGACCCCAUCGUCGUCUUCAACGAAGACCUAGAAGAACUUGAUUUGAACAAAGUCGAUCACUUCGAAAACUUGCAAUCCACAAAUUGGCAGCAUAUGCGAUUCAAGCCGCCGCCACCAGGCAACGACAUCGGCUGGCGUGUUGAAGUAAGACCAAUGGAGAUCCAGAUUACCGACUUCGAGAACGCCGCCUUCUCCGUCUUUGUCGUCCUCAUCACUCGUGCAAUCCUGAGUUUCGAUCUCAACUUCUACAUCCCUAUCCAGAAGACUACAGAGAACAUGGAGACGGCGCAUAUUCGCAAUGCUGUGACGGAACAGAAAUUCUGGUUCCGCAAGAAUCCAUUCCCUGCAACAAGACAGCCGAGGUCUGGUACCUCGACACCGACACAAUUCUCACGUCCUCCUAGCCCUGCCUCUCGAGUCGAAGACGAGUACGAGCUCAUGACCGUCAACGAAAUUAUGAACGGCAAAGUAGAUGGUUUCCCAGGCUUGAUUCCUCUGGUCGAACGCUAUCUCUCGAGCAUCAAUGUCGACGUUGAGAUUCGUUGCGAGAUGGCCAGAUAUCUGAAGCUCAUUCGUCAACGCGCGACCGGUGAGCUCUGGACAGCUGCCAAAUGGAUCAGACAUUUUGUUGCUGAGCACAAGGAGUACAAGAAGGACAGCGUGGUUGGCGAAGGCAUCACGUUCGAUCUUGUCAAGGCUGUUGAGCAGAUGACUGUCAACGAGGGCAAGGAUGGAUUGGGCGUCGAGAUGUUGGGAAAGAGAAAUUGAGAGGUGGAAAAGUCAUAUCAUUUGGGAGGGAGGGUUAUCCUGAUUCUUGCAUAUCCCUACGGCGCCACUAAGCAUACUUUAGAGCAGACAGAUACCCGAGUACAUAUCACUUCCUACAUAA